CAGAAUAUCAGGGACAAUCAGUUUUCGGAGGUUGGGCUUCACAUCAUACACCUCUCUCUCUCUCUCUCUGUGAAGGACGGAGAGAGAAGUUUCAUGGCGAGUCUACGGUGGCGGCAAUGGUGGAACACGGUGGCGUUUCCAACGAGAAGAAUCUGGAACCGCGUCGGCGUCCGCCUCGGCUUCCGCAACACCGGACUGCUGAAGUUGCAACACGACGUGAGAUCCUGUGAGUACGAGGAUAUACAUAUAAUGUGGGAUCUGCUUCACAAGAAUGAGGAUCUAGGCCGAUCACGUUGGAUUCAGAAGAAAAGAUGCUGGAAUCUCCUCAGUUCAUAUCUCUGCCAAAGAUUCUGAGAACACCCCUCCUUCCCCUCCCCCCCCCCC